CUUCUUUUUAUCCAACCCUUUUCUCCAUAAUUUCAUUAUAUUAUGUAAAACACUACUCAUCAAAACAGUAUUAUAGCUAGCUAGCUGAUUAGACAUAUAUAUAUAUAUAUAUACAUAUAUACAUGGCUCAUAAUAAUAAUAAUAAAAAUGUUAAUAGCUAUGAUCUCGUUUCCCUAUUGAUAAUAACAUUAUUAGUAGUAAUAGUAGAAGAAGCCGCCGGGGAUGUAACAGACGGUGAAACACUCCUCCAAUUCAAGAAAUCAUUAAGCAAUGACACAGAGCUGGCCAAUUGGAGCACUUCCAUUCCCUUAUGCAUUCCCAACACAAACGACAGUAACUGGAAAGGGUUGACAUGCGUGAAUGGAAGCCUUUACGGAUUAAGACUUGAAAACAUGGGACUAGGUGGCACCAUCGAUGUCUACACAUUGUCCAAGCUCCCAACCACUCUGCGCAGCCUCAGCGUGAUAGGCAACCACUUUGGGGGUGGAAUACCUGAAUUCAAAGUGCUUCGAGGGUUGAGAGCCUUGUACUUGUCGUACAAUGAUUUUUCAGGGGACAUACCGGACGAUAGUUUUGAAGGAAUGGUUUACUUGAAGAAAGUUUACUUGGACAGAAAUGAGUUUGAUGGGAGAUUGCCCAACUCCAUUGUGAGGUUGACUAAGCUUGUGGAGUUAAACGUUGAGAGUAACCGGUUUGUAGGGAGGAUACCAGAGUUUCCACGCCAGGAUUGGAAAUUCUUGAGCUUUGCUAAUAAUCAAUUUCAGGGACCAAUACCCUCCACCCUUAGCAAUGCUAAUGUAACCGCCUUCUUAGGGAACAAGGAGUUGUGUGGACCGCCUCUUGGGUCAACAUGCAAGUCCUCAACAUCAUCAAACAAGAAAAAGAAGCACAUCAUAAUAAUGGUGAUAUUAGUUACGUUAGUAGUAGCUGUAAUCGCCUCAAUUGUGUUCCUAUGCUUCCGCCGAGCUCGAACCAAAACUGCCACUACAUCUCCACCACUACUACUCCUACAACCCAAUAAACAUGGCUCAACUCCCCCAAAAGUAGUUAAUUACGAGCAGUUUGGUGCUGUAAAAAGGGCUAAUUAUCAUUAUGAUCAAUACUCAUCACAUAAUAAUAUGAAUAGUACUGUUGAUCAUGACAUGAUGCGCAGCAGCCAAGGCUACAAAAAAAGAGGUAGCUUGCAAUUUGUGAUGAAAGAUAGAGAGAGGUUCGAGUUGGAAGACCUUCUUAGGGCAUCAGCUGAGGUUUUGGGAAGUGGUAGUUUUGGGUCAUCUUAUAAAGCACUUCUUCUAAAUGGACCUGCCAUGGUUGUGAAGAGGUUUAGUCACAUGAACAAUGUUGGGAGAGAGGAGUACUUCCAUGAUUAUAUGGCCAAGCUUGGAAGGUUGUCACACCCUAAUCUACUACCUCUUGUUGCAUACUAUUACAGGAAAGAAGAGAAGCUUUUGAUAUCUGAUUUUGUUGACAAUCAAAGCUUGGCCAGUCAUCUCCAUGGUAAUAAAAGAGGAGUUGGGCUAGAUUGGGCUACUCGUCUGAGCAUAAUCAAAGGAAUUUCAAGAGGGUUAACAUACUUGUAUAAGGAGUUUCCAGACGUAACCCUUCCACAUGGCCACCUCAAAUCUUCAAAUGUACUCCUCGAUCAGAAAUUCUCCCCAAUCCUCACUGAAUACGCCCUCGUCCCUCUCACCAACAAGGACCAUGCACAUCGAUUCAUGGCUGCUUUCAAGUCCCCAGAAUUCUCCUCCAAUAAUAAUAAUAAUAAAAAUCGUCGAAUCUCCAGAAAGACGGACAUCUGGAGCCUAGGGAUUCUGAUUCUUGAGAUUCUGACAGGGAAAUUCCCUGAGAAUUAUGUGGAUCAGGGGAAUAAUAAUAAUAAUAAGAAGAAGACGUCGUUGUCGUCCUCUACGGGUGAUCUAGCGGCGUGGGUGAACUCAGUUGUGCGGGAGGAGUGGACGGGUGAGGUGUUCGAUAAAGAGAUGGUGAGAUCAGGACAUGGGGAAGGGGAAAUGUUGAAGCUGUUGAAGAUCGGAAUGAGUUGCAGCGAGAUGAGGGUUGAGCGACGGUUGGAUUGGAAGGAGGCAGCGGAGAGAAUUGAGGAGCUGAGGGAGAGAGAUUCAGAAGAUGAAGAUUAUUCAUCUUAUGUCACUGAUUGGGAUGUUUUGAGUGCUGAUGAUGCUUUUUCAUUCUCACUUAAGCAUUAAUCUCUUUUUCUUUCUUUUAUGGAGAAACUAAUGAUUGUGUUAGUUUGGAUCCACUUUUGUUGCAAAUUAAACUAAAAUUGAAAGUUAUUAAACCUA